GAAAUUCCUUGAAUUAUUAUUGGACACGAGAACGUCAAAAAUAACGAGUAAUAGUUGUAAAUUUGCAUCGUAUGCCUUAUAAAAUAAUAAAUAAGUCAUUUAAAUAAGUAAAAGUUGAGCUUUCAAAGAAUAAAUAACUGUAAAAAGCAUUUAAUUAAGAACAAGAGGGUUCAUUAAAAAGGAAAGAAAAAAAAAAGAUCAAGGCUGUAACCUAUGAAAAAAAGUGUUAUAACGUUUUGAUGCCGGAUAUUGUUAAUUUGUAACUGCAUGAACGAAAAAAAAUAUCAGCGUGUGUAAUGCUUGAAAAGUGUCUAUAAUCAUAAAUAAGAAUCUAAAGUUUGAUACAAAAUUAAUUAAUUAAGAGUGAAUUUAAAUUAAUCGAUUUUGGAAUUUUUGGAAACAAAAGCAAAGCAACAAAAAAAAAAAAUGUUUCGCAUCGCUGCUGCUGUCGUUGCCUUUGCUAUCAUUAAUCUGGCAAAUUUUGUCGAGUGUAUCAAUUUUAUAUGCAACAAUACAGACGAAUUCUACUAUACAAUGCCACAAACAAAUUGUGCAAUGUAUUAUCGCUGUCGUGAGGGACAUAAAAUUAAUUAUGAAUGUCCUUUAGGAAUGAUGUUUGAUUUUUAUAGGCAAAAGUGCAUCAGCAAUACAAAUGUUUGUUUUGAGUCAACGUGUCAUGAAAAGUUUGACAAUUCAUACUAUCCGGAUACGACACAAUCGUGUCAUCGUUUCUUUCGCUGUCAAAAUGGAAAAAUUUUGAGCUAUGAGAAUUGCAAAAGUGGAUAUCUAUUUAAUGGAACUCAGUGUCAAUAUGCCGAAACUGUUAAGUGUGAUGUGCCAAAUUCGAUGCUUUAUAACAAUCAAAAAACUGCUUUAAAAACUAAAAGAAGCUGCGAUCUUCAUUCAUAUGAUGAAUGUCGCUUCUUAUCUGAUGGUUUCUAUGCUGAUGAGAGUUCAAAAAAUUGCAAAUCAUACAUUAAAUGUCUCAACGGUAAAACAGCACAUCUUAAAUGUCCAUCGUCGAGUGUUUUCGAUCCCAUUGAGGGGAAUUGUGUGCCAGAUACUAUUUAUGAAUGCCCAAAAUCGUCAAGAUUAGAACGUCUUUGUAAGGGAAAAGCUGAUGGAGUUCACCCGGAUCCACGUUUUAGUUGUAAUGCUUAUGUCAAGUGUUAUCGUGGCGCUCCAAUUCAAUUUGAAGAAUGUUUACUUGGACAAGUAUUUGAUAAUCAUCGUAAGCAGUGUGUCUACAAGUCGACAUCAUUAUGUAUUCAUGAGACACGUUCUAGUGAUUGUAUGCAUUUAGAAAUGGGAUAUUAUCAGGAUCGAUCGCUUGAAUCAUCUUGUAAGAAUUACUUCUUUUGUUAUAAUGGUCGAAAAACAACAUUCAGUUGCUCAAAUAAUGAAUUAUUUAAUGGAGAAUCAUGUGUAGAAGAACGACAAUAUACAUGCCCAAAUCUCGACGAAGAUUCUUGUGAUACAAAAGAAGAUGGAUAUUAUAAGGAUAACAAUCUUGAUUGUCGUUCUUAUUUCUAUUGUUCAUCAAAUCGAAAAUAUUCAUUUUUAUGUAAAGAUGGUCAAGCAUUUGAUGGAAAUAGAUGUGUGUCAAAGCGACAUGUCGAUAUAUGUGUUAAAAAGAAUUCUGAUUGUUCGGGAAAAUCUGAUGGAUAUUAUCAGGAUGUCAAGUCAGGUUGUUCAAAAUACUUUUAUUGCAAGCAAUCAGAAAAGCUCCAAGUAAUAACAUGUAGAAACGGACGAAUUUUCAAUGGACACAGCUGUGUUUCUCCGCAAUCAUAUGCAUGCCCAAAUGUUGGAUAUAACUUAGCAUUAAAAUUAAAUUGCGUACAGCGGAAAUGUACACAAUGUCCACAUGAUGGUUUCUUUGCCGAUUAUGAUUCACGAUGCAAAAAUUACCAUUUUUGUGUGAACGGCAGUGCCACAAAACUUUCGUGUCUUAAAAAUUUCAUAUUUAAUGAGAAUGAAGGCUUAUGUGUUCCUCAAGAUAAAUACCAAUGCCCUGUUUAUUGUUCCGGUGAAUGUUCAUAAUACCUCAUUUUAAUUUAAUUUAUUUUUAAUAUUAGUCUCGUACCUGUACGUUUUGUCCGUAUUUUCGCGGAGCUAGUUAGAGAAUAUUUUUUCACUUUAAACGAAUUAAAUUAUUUAUAUCACUGAUGUGCAAUAGCAGCUCUCUCUCUCUCUCUCUCUCUUUCUUAUUAUUACUCUUCAAAAUAUUAAUUUUUUUGUACAUAAUUUUCAGAAAUUAAACUUGGUUUUAAGAAAUUGACUGAUCGAUUCGUGUUGAAAUGCGUUUUAGUCUCGCCUAUGGUGACUUAUAAAAUUAUCAAAAAGAUCUUAUUGCCAUUUUUGUAUUGCCACAUUUUUCUCAUUUUUAUUAGUUCUUCAUAUAUAUUUUUUGGUAUAAUUUUUUUUUAUUUUCAUUAUACAUUACAUAUAUAUGAUAUAAGGAUACAAAUAACGAUAGAAAAUAAGAUUUUAGAUUAAUUUAGUUCUAAAUUGAUUGUAGGUAAUUUAAUAUUUCAAUGUAUAUUUAAAAAUCUUUUCGAAUUGUAAUAAUAAUAAUCAAUCUAUUGUAAGAAAAGACAAUUCUUAUUUCAUUUCCUGUGUGUUUGAGUGAAUGAAGAUUUUUUUAGUGUUUAAAAUUCAUAUAUAUAUAUAAAACACCGAUAAUCUAUGAUCAUGCUUUCUUUUCAUUAGCAUUUCUUAAACAAAGCACCGCAUAUUUAUGUUUUAUCAAAAAUUGGUUCAUGUUUUAUACGCGAUAAAAUAUAUGAAAAAUAUUGCGACAAUAUAUUUCUUUUGCGUUCAGAGAAUUUAACGAUAAUGCAAAUGAACGGAAAAAUAACAUUUAGUACGAAAUAAGCAGUAAUUUGGGAAAUUUCAAUUCAAUAAAUGCGAAUAAGACAAUUUAAUUGAUUUUCUUUAAGUGAAAAUUAUAACGUAUUUGAUAAAUUUUGGAAAUUCACUAGGAUUAACAGAAUUCAAUAUCAUUGACACAUUAGCUAAUGAUCUAUGAUUUACAUAGAUAAAUAAUAGAUAUGAGAAUUAUUGUGAUGAAACUGUCACUGUAUAUUGAAAUUAGGCCCAAAUAAACGUUUAGCGAAACGCCUAAACUAGGAAGAGCAUAAAAACCUACCAUAGAUUAGAUAGAUCCCAAAUUUUAAUUACACGAUCCUGUCCAACAGUCAAAACAUGCUUCUUAUCUUCAUCAACAUCUAUUGAUACUAUUGAAUGCUUUGCAUCAAGAAAAGUAGCCAAAGAUGGACGAUCAGUGUCCUUUAGGGUGUCAUAGCAUGUAUUACAAACUCUCACAUCAUAUUCGAAGCCCAUAAUUGGAAUGUUGAUUCUAUUCGGUGAACACUUAUCACAAAUUGCCUUUCCACAAUUCCUGCAGUGAUGCUGACGAUUAACUCCGAGAGCUUUUUGUUCAAACAUCGCUUUUAUAUUCCAGAAGAAUGGCUUUGCACAGAGUUGACAGGUAUCUGAUUCAACCCAAUCAGCCGCUGCUUUUCUCAUACAGUUUAUCUGUUUAACAGGUAUGCAAAAUGUAGAACUGAGAGCAUUGUACUUAAAAUUGAUUUUGAGCUUACCUUCCAGAGAACAAUUACACUAUCUUCACCAGCACUAAUCAAUUCCUGUGUACUUUUGCCAUAACCCAAUGCAGACACUUUAUUUUGAUGACCUUGUAAUUCAUAAGUGGUUCCUCUUCUUCCACCAAGAUCCCAAACAAUUACCGAAUUCUAAUGAUUAUAAGGAAAUUAUCAAUUUUAAAAAAAAAUCACUAUUAUAAUUAUAGUUAAACUUACAUCAGCACUUCCGCUGAAUAGCAACUGAGGACCGUCAGACCAGUACAAUGAUCGAACACUUGCUGUGUGUCCUUUCAAUAUUGUUACCAAACUUGCACCAGAUUGUUGGAGUUUUAACAUUGUAAUCUGUCCAGCAUAAUCACCAAUAAAUACAUGCUUUGAUAAGGAAUCGAACUGCAUUGAAGUACACCAAGCUUCAAAUGUAUAGCCUCCAAUUUUAUUAGAUGUUUCUAUGCAAUGUGCUGCAAAUGUCUUAUCACGAGACGCACUUAAAAUCCAUCCAGAAUUUUUUGCGAAAAUCAAUGAAGUUAUUCGUGCAUUAUGUGCAAGAUAUUCUUUAAUAGCCGUUAAUCUAUUACAAUCUUCAGAAACUACAAAUUGCGAUAUAGUCCCGUUUUCUUGUCCAACAAAAAUUGUUCGGCUCUCUG